AUGGAAGCUAUUAAUCCGGCGGAAAGAUUUAAGAUUAUUGUAGGAUUAAUAAAUAAAGUGGCUGAAUUCAAUGGUGAUAGUAGUUUACUUAUUGAUUUUCUGGAUAGGAUUGAUACACUGUCUCAUAUUGUAGCAACGUUUGAUGCAAGCACACAAACACUCCUUUUAGGUUACAUAAGAGAUAGAAUUGUGGGAAAGGCAAAGCUUGAACUUCAAAAACAUGGUAGGUUAGCAGAUUGGGCGCAAAUCCGAGAUAUUUUAAAAACGAAUUUUGCAGAAAAACUUUCAGCAAAUAAACUCUUAGAUCAAAUAAGAACAGCUAGAGUUCAAACAAAUAUUGAGGAUUUUUAUCAAAAAAUAAACACUUUAUUAAGUAGACUUAAUAACUCAUAUCUUUUAAAUGAAGACAAUAAUGAGGUAAUUAUAACUUCUAAUAAGAGAAUAGCUCUUGAUGCUUUUAAAGAUAAUCUUCCUGAGCCUACAAAGUCAAUUAUUUUAAGCAGAAACCCUCAAACACUAUUCGAUGCAUACAAGGUGGUAACAGAAAUAAACCAUCAAAAUUCCGGUCCCAAUACGUCAGUUUAUAAUCAAUUUUAUAGACAAACGAAUAGGAGCAGUUCAAAUUUCAAUUCGGCUCAAAGAAACAGUGUUCCUAUGUUAGGAAAUGGUCAAAAUAAUUCCAACUACAGACGAAAUAAUGAUUCGGUAAGGCAUAAUUAUAAUGCUUACCCAAGAAAUUAUGAAGGAACAAGUGAUAGACAACUAAACAAUAAUAAUUCAUCGAAUGUUAACAUAAGAAGUGGAAACAUUCCAAACAAUAACAAAAGUAGUAACCAAUCCUCACAACUAAGAACUAAUACCUAUAGUAAUCAAACUCGAAGGUCAAAUAGGAGUGGGCAGACACAUAAUAGUAAUAGUUACGAACCUAUGGAUGUCUCUUUAAAUGAGGCUGAUUCAGCACAAUCUUCGAAUAACCCAAAUAUAAAUCAAAACGAAAAUUUUUCUGCAAAUCGCCUAAAAGACUUCCCUAUAUAA